GGCGCAACGUACACAGCGCGAGCUACUUCAAUGCUGGGUGCCUCCAUUGCUCUUGUGAGGAGGCUGUCACCACGACGGAGAUGUGGGGCUGGGAUCAAAGCAGAUUUGACCGGGACUGGACCGUGCAGAGCGAGCCAGAGAGCGAACCGGAGGGAACCCUGAAGUGUCCAGAGCAUUCCGCCCUGCCGAUCGCGGAUUCGGAAGGGGACUGCUAUUGUUCAGGCGGGCGCCACUGCUUCAUGUUGAACGAGAAGGGCUGCGUCUAUUCAGGAACGAACAGCAAGCUAAGGCUGAGCCCUUUAUACUUCCGCGCAAACUGCUCUGAAUGCAAGUGUAUGCUCGAUGGUUGAGACAUUUGAAGUAUACAACGAGCGCAGACAGCGCAGACCGCCACCUUUGGUGUCAAAAAAGAAGUUAUCUCUGCGGCUGUCAUUAAUGUGAACCACAGUAGAC